AUGGCCGCCUCCUUCGCUAGCCUUGCCCUCAAGUGCUCUGAUGGGAAUCUCAUGAAGCAAGCGCGAAUGCACUACGCCAAAGCACUCUGCCAAACCAACAAAUGUCUCAGUUCCACAGACCUUGCCGUCCAGGACUCAACGCUCGCUGCCGUUCUUCUACUGGGCCUUUUCGAGGCAAUUGUCUUCACAGGCCAGCAGUCUCUCGACAGCUGGAACGCCCACACCGUCGGGGCCGUGGAGCUUCUCCGCCUGCGUGGACCCAAGCAGCUGGAGACGCCUCUCGGGCGCACCCUCUUCCUCCACUCAGGUGGCAAUAUCCGGACUAGCUGUGCGCAUACCAAGAGAGCGGUUCCUCCUCGACUCCUGCAGCUUUUUGAGAGUGCGAAGCCGAUGCUGGAUCUCAGUGAUCCGUUUCUCAUGACAGCUCCGAUUGUCGACCGAGUGGCUAGUUUGAGGUCAAGGAUAGAGCGCGUCCAUGACCAAAACAGACGAGACCUAGUAUGGGAGGCACUGGAUCUGGACAUCGAGACUUUGAGGCUUGGUCAAGGUGUUGCAGAGGACUGGAAGUUUACAGCGAGGCUUCCGGGGCAGAGUUCACGCUUGACGUACAAGGGCAUUUCGCUUCGGUACCCGUCUCUGCGAGCUCUGCGAUAUUGGAACGCCCUUCGGAUCAUCCGCAUGUUCCUUAACGAUCUUGUCUGGGUGCAGUCUUCCAAGAUUCUCCAGCAGGGCCCUGACCUAGACGAUGAGACCGACUAUGAGGAGCUUCAGACGUCUGCCAAGAGGAACAUGUCGACGCUCGUGGUCGAGGUACUCGCCAGUUGCGGUGAGUAUCUCGAGCCGGCCGAAGAAAGAUUCUCUGUUUCAGCCCGCUGCUUGAUCUGGCCGCUGUCAGUCAUCGCUGAAGUCUCCAUCACGCCGCCCGAUGCGCGCCAGUUUGCUACCGACUGUCUUGAACGGCUUGGACGGGACUGCCGAAUCCCAAAAGCUGCUGACAUGACGACGAGCUUGCUGUCAAUUCAAGGAGCUGACUGGUAUGUACCAAUUUAG